AAAAAAGGGGAGAGAAAAAAGAGAAAGAGAAGAGGGGGGAAGAUUGCACCUGAAGAGGAAUAUAAUACGGGAUGAAAGGAGACACCCCAGUGAAUAGCAGCAUGAGCGUCGGCCAAGCCAGGAAACUGGUGGAGCAACUGAAGAUUGAGGCUAGUUUCUGCAGGAUAAAGGUGUCAAAGGCCGCAGCCGAUCUGAUGGCGUACUGCGACGCACACGCCUGCGAGGACCCACUGAUCACCCCUGUGCCCACCUCAGAGAACCCCUACAGGGAGAAGAAGUUCUUCUGUGCUCUGCUUUGAGACAAAUCAGGGAUUUUUGUGAUUUAAAAAAAAAGUGCAACUGUACAGUAUGUACAGUGUGUACACAUACUUCCAUUUGAAAUAAGACAUCGAUGUACUAUAGUAACCUUGCAUAAAAGCUGCCGCUCCCGAUGUACAGUACAUUAUCAACUACAUGUCUUGAAGUGAAUUAUUUAACUAACAUUAGAGUGAAAGAACACAAAUAACAGAGAUUUAACACAUUGAAUCAAUAAAGAGAGUGUUACCUCUAUUUACUAGAACUCAAAACAAGACCAGAAGUGUAAAGAACGGACAUUUUACAUGCAAACAUCACCUGGUUGAAAACAUGGACAUCUCAUGCUCAGUCACAUGACAGGAAAGUGCCACACAGGACAACAGAGGCUCCGCACACACACUCAUUCAUAUGGAUUCUGCAGCUUUUGAAAUAUUUGUCUAAGGCGUUCAAUUCCCACAAUCAGUCUAUUAUGGGCAAUGGUGGUGCUAUGUGUCUCAGAUGUUGCCCUGGUUGGUCAGGACUGACAGUUCUCCCCCAUGUAAACGGUGGGUACAACUGGCAACUAAGAAAAGGAUGUCCCGUUAAUAACGGUUAUUGUUUGGUGUGAUCACAACCAUUUUCUGUCAGAAUGGAACUGUUGUUUUACACAUAGAGCCCUGAUACUGAAUGUUCUUCCAUCAAUAUUUAGAUUGUCCUUCAGAGCUGCAUCCCAUCCCAUGUUAAUAUAUUUUGUAUUCUCCCAUCCUCUUUUUGGCAGUUACUUGUUAUCUACCAAGGGCAACUAUUUACAAGUGGUUGUUGUGAUUAUAAUCAAAUCAUGUCAUGGUUUUAUUAAGAUUUUAGCAUUGUGCUCAUUUCUAUACUGUUGCUAUGGUCUGAAUGUGUGAGUGUGUGGGUGUGUGUGUGUGUGCGUGAAUAGGUGCUACUGUAAAACCUAAAACAAUUAUUUGCAUCUGAUCCAUGAUUUCAAUGUUUUAUAGUUCCAACAGCAACCUGACCCACGUUUAUAUAUAAAUAUAUAUAUAUAUAUAUAUAAAACAUCACACAUUCCAGGGGUUAUGGUCAUUUAAUAUACAAUCUAAGCCAUUGAAGCAGAAUUAGCUAUUGUGUAAGUCACAUCAGCAAUUAAAAAAAAGAGUCAUACAGCAGUUAUGUACUUGUCAUCAUUUGAUCAGGUCUGAGAGAGAACAACUAUAAUGUCUCUGCACAAUCAUGUGAAAUGAGGGCUAAAGAGAGUGAACUGAGAUUUAACAUUUUAAUUAGGUUUCACUUUCUCCAUCUAUAGAACAUGCCAUGGUUUUGUUCUGUUCAUUCAGAUUCACACAAGAGGAAACUGCUCUUCUUCAAUCUAGCACUGUAGCCAUGAUGAAACUUUAUAGGGCAACCUGCUCUGGUCAAAUGUAUUUUUAAAUGUCUUGCAAAGAUCAAAUUUGGAGCUUUGGUGAAAAAGUAACAAUGGAACAAUUGAAAUAAAUAAAACUUCCACUCAU